AAUUUGUAGGUUAACCUGAUUGAACCCAUGCUUCCCGACAAAAUUCUUCUGUAAUGAUGAAUUGAAGAGGAAACAGGAAGAGGUAAAGAAAGGAGGGGAAAGAAAAAGAAAGGAAGGAAGGAAAACAAAGCGAUAAAAGGGGACGAUAAUUAGGAAGUAAUUGUCAGGAUGCUGUACCGUACUGUUUUCGGAAUCGUAUGAGAAAUAAACUCUUUGAAUCGCUAUAUGGUUUCGAUGUUAUUUGCUAGAGGUGUGGCAGUACGUUGUUCAAAAUAUUUAACCAUACCGGUAAUACGAAGCAUUGUCCGUCUUGCAAGUACAAAUGUUCAUAUUAAACCGAAUGAUAAAGUUUUGAUGAAACCAGGAGUAAUUAUCUCAAAACAUCAAGAAAUGAAUGAAUCUAAUAGCCGCGAAACGGUAACGUUAAAGGUAGAAGAUGGUAUAGCUAUAGUGAAAAUCGACCUUCCUAAUGCGAAAGAAAAUGUCUUGAAUGAAACAGUUGCGGCUGAUUUGCGAUACUGUAUGGAUCGUAUCGAUGCCGAUGCUUCUGUUAAAGGGAUAGUGAUAAUAUCUGGGAAGCCGAAUACAUUUAUCGCCGGUGCGGAUAUCAAAAUGUUGUCUAAGUGUAAAAGUUCUGCAGACGCUCGGAAAAUUUCGUCCGAUGGACAGCAGGAUUUUUUACGAAUUGAAAAUAGUCAAAAACCGGUCGUUGCAGCCAUAAUGGGUACCUGUAUGGGUGGUGGUUUAGAGCUAGCACUUGCAUGCCAUUACCGAAUUGCCAUGAAUGUACCAAAAACGUUGUUUGCAUUACCUGAGGUAAAGUUAGGCCUACUUCCUGGUGCUGGUGGUACACAACGUUUACCAAAGCUGGUAUCGAUCACUGAAGCCCUUGGUAUGUUACUUACUGGGAAAACGUUACCGGCAGUUAAGGCGAAGAAAAUUGGUUUAAUCGACCGAAUUGUGCAGCCUAUUGGAGCUGGAGUGAAGCCUGCUGAGGAAAAUAACUACAAUUACCUUGAACAGAUUGCCAUUGAAGCCGCGCGGCAACUGUCUAUGGGAAUGUUAGAAAUAGAUCGCAAAGGAUCUUUCUGGAAAAAAGCCACAGAUUAUGCACUGACGAAAACCCCACUCUUCAAACAUUUUAUUUUGAAAAAAGCACAGGAAAACGUUAUGAAGAUGACUUUUGGAAACUAUCCGGCUCCGUUAAAAAUUCUGAGCGUUGUUGAAAGUGGAAUAACGAAAGGGUCUGAUUUAGGUUAUCUGGAAGAAUCAGAGGCUUUUGGAGACUUAACUCAGACAACACAGUGUAAAGCUCUCAUUGGUGUUUUCAAUGGCAGAACCGAAUGCAGACGAAAUAAGUUUGGGGAAUCAAAAAAAAUUGAUAAGUUAGCCGUGAUUGGUGCCGGUUUGAUGGGUGCUGGUAUUGCUAAUGUUUCGAUUGACAAAGAUAUUGAGACAUAUCUGCUGGAUAGGAAUGAUGAGGGCUUAGCACGAGGUCAGAAUCAAAUUCACAAGCAUUAUGACGGAAUGGUAAAAAGAAGAAAAAUCACUAGUUAUCAGAAACAUAAAUUUAUGGCCAAUCUAAAAACAACUUGUAUAUAUGAUGAUUUGCAUGACUGUGAUGUGGCUAUUGAAGCUGUUUUCGAAGAACUUCCUUUGAAACAUGAAAUAAUCAAGAAGCUGGAAUCGGUAGUACCAGAGCACUGUAUCAUUGCAUCCAACACUUCAGCUCUUCCAAUUACACAAAUCGCAUCGGUUUCCACUCGACCGGAGCGUAUUAUUGGGAUGCACUACUUUUCUCCAGUUGAGAAAAUGGAGCUACUUGAAAUAAUAAUCACGAAAAACACUAGCAAGGAAGCUAUCGCUGCAGCUGCACAAUUAGGAUUAAUUCAAAAUAAAUUGGUUGUAGUGGUUAAGGACUGUCCGGGAUUUUUUGUCGUCCGUUGCUUAGCUCCAAUGAUGAGUGAAGUUGUUCGAUUACUUCAAGAAGGUGUUCAUCCAGAUGAAAUUGAUGAGGUGACAAGAAAUUACGGUUUUCCAGUUGGUGCGGCAACGCUUGCAGAUGAAGUAGGGAUUGAUGUGGCACAUCAUGUUGCGAAGUUUCUGGGAGAGGCAUUAGGUCCACGAAUUGGUGGUGGCUCGAUUACAGUAUUGGAAGAAAUGAUUGCAUCAGGGUUCAAAGGUCGCAAGUCGGGCAAAGGGUACUUCAUCUACGAUGAUUCCAAAAGGCUCGGUAUUUUUGCUAAAAAGAAGCCUGUAAACGAGGCAGCAAUAAGAAUUCUUCGCAAGCACCAAUUAACUCCUGUUUCGACAGUAAGCAGUGUUCUCGAUCGUCAACUUCGAAUAUUAUGUCGUUAUGUAAAUGAAGCAGCCAUUUGCCUUGAAGAAGGCGUCAUUUCAUCACCGUCAGAUGGUGAUACGGCGUCGGUGUUCGGUGUCGGUUUUCCACCUUUCUGGGGUGGUCCAUUUCGAUUACAGUUAUAG